AAUUGUACAAUUGUCCUCCAGGUUUCGCGGGAAAAUCGACUUCGUUUCGUUUUCAUCCCGUGGUUGUAGGCAUACGAUAAUCAACCAAUAUUGAGAAAAAUUAAAGUGCUGUGGUGUAACAUUAAAGUGUAAUAGAUUAAAUUGCGGUGGCCUCUGUGAAUUCCAUUACAGUUGUUGGUGUGAUAUAAACCGCAGAACCUCAAUGGAUUUCGUUAGAGAAAUUGUUUAUUGGCAUGAGCCCAUGAAGUCGGGUAUUGUUGCAGCCGUUGGGCUGACAUUACUCUUAAGUCUGUCAUCCAUGUCCCUGGUCUCUUUUAUCGCCUACAUCGGAAUUGCGAUAAUGUGCUGCACGACGGCUUGCAAGCUUUAUGGUUUUAUUACGCGUCAAUUCAAAUCAAAUCAGGAUUCACCGAAAAACCCAUUUGAAUUUUGGCUUGAAUUGGAGAUGACUUUACCUGGAGAAAAAAUUGGCGAGCGUGUCGCAGCCUUGUGUGAAAAAUUGUCCGAAAAGUUGAAUUAUUUACGUCGCGUAUUGUGGUUGGAAGAUUACUUUGAGACUGUAAAGUUGGUUGUGUGUUUAUACCUACUUUCCGUAGUAGGUGCUUGGUUUAAUUUGCUUACCCUGAUAACUAUAGGUAAGUCUAGUGUUAUUUCGUGUGUGAAUUCAACCACCGCUUCAUAUGUAUAUAUAUUUAUAUAUAUAUAUAUAUGUAGGAAUGCCAUGAUGGAUGAUGAUUAGUUUGAAUAUACGAUUGAUGAAGUAAUUAGUGAGUGCUAAUAUGGGUAAAGUUUUCCGUUGAUUGUUGUUACAUGAUCUGCCUUAAUGGAUCAAUGUCCAGGCGUCUGACAUGGUUUCCAUUAACCAAAACGCCAUUCUUGUCAUGCAUUCGAAUCCAGGGAAUCAUGUUCACCAUAGGUUUCGAGUAAGGUUUUUCUCCACGUAGUCACCAUGUCAAUCGGUCUGUUCAUAAUUUCAUGAAAUCCGCCCUUUCACUUUCUUGAGAACAAACUUCACCGAGUGCAGUGCAAUGUAGUACAGUAACUAACUUAAGCGUUAUUCAGAAGGUAAGUUAUGAGAGAAACGAAGAGCGUGGAGGAAUAGAGACACUUCAAUAUCCCUCAAAGAAGAAGCCGACAACUUUAUCGUCGACAUUACAAAAUGUUUUGCUCAGUUUAGUUUAAAAUACAACAUUCACUACUAUUCAUCAGUAGGUAAACCUCAGUCAUUGCGGUUUCUUAACAUUUUUGAUCUGCUUUACUUCUGGCCAUCAGUUAGUUAGUUAGUCAGUUUCACAGAGAACUGCUGACUGACUGCAUAAGUAUCAAUCACUUUAUCGCUUGAUACCGGACUUUAUUUUAGUAUGUUUGUUUUACAAUUAGUUAUAGUGAUUCUCGUAAUGAUAUUAUGCUGUAGACUAUGUGGUAGUUGCCUCAGUAUUCUAUAGAGUAACUUCGUGGUAAUGUUUCUGUAAUGAUAAUUUUGUUUUUCAGCAUUUGUUCUCGGGAUGACUUGUCCUAAAAUAUAUUUAUUAUGCAAGCCCCAGUUUGAUGCGGCAUUCCAAACAACUAAGGAGAAAAUCUUCAGUAUGCUUAAAUUCGCUGAAGCGAAAGUAUCAGGGCUUCGUGGGAAGCCUUCUACAGAAUAAUUUUGUAAAAGUGACAAGUCAUCAAGCCCAACUCAUCCAAAGAUACAUCACAUUCUAUGUACUAUUUCAUUCCUUCGAUGUCUUCCUGUUCAUCAUUCGAAACCGUCGAGCACUCAUCAGAUCAGAUAGACAGUGUUGACGUUAGAAUGGCCGUUUAUCAACGGAUGUUUCAUGACACUUCCGCUUCUUUGUCUUCGCCCUUUUCUUCUUCUUCUUCUUCACAUGUAUCCCAGUCUGAUGAGAGAUAUAUGUAUAAUUGUGUGUCAAUAAAGCGAUUGCAAUUGCCAUGGAA